AUGCCCGCAUCGGACAGGAAUAUUUGGGAUAGUGCUGUAAGCACAAAGCUCACGGUCCGACAAACGCAUGAGACAUUGCACGAACAUCGUGUACGCUUGGAUGACGAUAUCGAACACCUUGAGCGCGCACUGGCCGUCGCGAAAGAGCUGCGCAACUGCAGUGCUCCGAUCCUCACUCUUCCCGACGAAAUCAUCCUUGAGAUCUUCUCGACAUUACGAGACUUGUUCUUCCCUGUGACGCAGCAGAGACCGAAUAAGUCGGCGUCUGGCUCCUGGCUCGUGGUCUCUGCUGUCUGCCAUCGAUUCCGACGUAUCGCUACAACCUCGCCCGGGCUGUAUUCUCGCAUCUCCACGCGGAUUCUGCCGGGAAAACGCGUGUUAGCAAUGAUGAAGGCCUCUCGUCCCUUGGACCUUGAUCUCGAUGUUGGCCUGCCUCGGGACAGUGAAGAUGUCGAUAUGAUCCGCAAAUACCUCUUAACCCACGGACCUCGUGUACGCACUUUCAGCAUGCAGAUCAACAACGAAUGGGCACGAUCGAUGACAGCGUGGAUACGCUCGAUCCCUCGCGUCACGACUUUGCUCAUGUCUAACAAGACCGAGGAAGGAUAUCCAUCAGGGGCGGGGUCAAUAGUCACUUUCGGUCCAAGCAUCACCCAGCUCAUGCCACGGCUAACUUGUCUGCACGUAGACGGCGUUUACCUGGAUUUCACCUCCCACAUCUUUCUCAAUCUCACAGAGCUAUCUCUUAGCCAUGUGAAGAUCCUGAACGCACUAGUCUCAAUCGAUGCUUCAGACCUUCACACCCUGCUGGGACGCAUGAAGAGACUGGAAAAACUGGCUUUAAGCAGUAUACGGGUUGGAACUUCUAUCGACGCGGACAUACCCCUGCCAGCAUCCUUACGCUAUUUGGAGUACACGACACCUUCGUCACUACUCGUAUUCUCUCGGUUCAUUCCUUCCCCUGUCGUGCACGUCAGGGUCGUUCAAACAGGGACCCCGACCUAUGCGAAAUCUUCGUCAAAUUUAAAGCAUUCACUCAAGAUUCUCGCCUCGUGGCUCGGAUCGAAUAGCCCUGCCACCGUUGUGGCGUUGACUAUCCGAUACAACACGGUUGCAGCGGAAGCAUGCGUCGCAUACUGGCGGAAUUCAAGUGAUCAUGCGGCAGGGGCCGAGCCGGACUUUAAGCUCGUCCGUUACGUCGACGAGAACUUCGGCAUGAGCAAGCUCCUGCUCGGCCACCUCUAUGACCGUGUCACACACAUAUACAUCGACGCGGACUGGGAUUAUCCGCUGUUGGACGGCAAAAGGCAAUGGUUGCAUGAGUUGGGGCCUCUACCGAAUCUUCGUUCCCUACACAUCACGGGCCCACGAACGUCUCUGGAGCCUUUGAAUCUCGUCAGAGUGGCAUCGCAGGAUUCGGUCGCGUUCUGGGAAGCUAGCCAGCUUUCCAUGGAGGAUCGCGCGUGUAUGGGAGAUGAGCGCAUCUUGAGACAUUGGUUGUCCGCGCGUAGUAGCCGCGGGCUUCCCCUACAAGUUUUGGCUCUGCCUGCACACGUAGCAGUUGCUUUGGAUAAGGUGGUCGCGGACGGCGCUGGGCCCGUCGAAUGGCGAGGGCUUGGACUGGAGGUGCUCAUCGAUUACAAGGCGUGA